AUGGCUCCCCCUAACCCUAUAUUCACUCCUACUAAAGGGAAGUGUCCUGGCCCUCAGGCAUUCUAUGCCGGUCUCGAUGGCUACGUCAACCCGGAUGCUAAUGUCCAUGAAGAAUAUCAAUCUAGCCUUCGCCACGCGACCCCACAAUCCUUAUUUGAUGACGCUUUCUGCAGUUAUGACGAUUCGUCGAUUACACAGGAGGACAUUUUCGGUGCAAGGAUCGUCCACCAUACUGAGACGGAUAUCGACUCGGAAGAUAGCCGCCCCAAAUGUUAUGUUGAUGAGGACUCAAAUCUCGAUGACCCAGAGUCUUCGAGCACGAAUCCCACUCAUCCUGUUGAACUCUUUGACCCUUUCGCGCCCGUUGGCUCAACUAUUAAUCCUGGACUUCUCUCCUCUAUUCGUUCAGCGGGCAUUGAAACCCACAUCAAACACAACGCAACUGAGAAGGUUCUGCUACAAACAGAAUCCACUACUGCCGACAGCAAAGCCAUGCAAGAUCAGAUUAAAGCUGAUUUCGAUAAGGAGAUGCUUCAAGAUGCCAUGGCCAUCCUGAAACUCCAAAAUCUCAUCAUCUUGAGUAAGCACGAUCAAGCUUGCCUCAAGAAGGACAUUUACAUAGUGAUGGACAGAUGGCCGACACAGGAAUUGGCGGAUACUCUCUUGGCCCUAGAAGAUCAGUCUACUGUUGACGGUACAUACAAACUUUACCAACUUUUACUGUCUCUCAUCAAAGACUACUUGGACAAGGCGACCUCUGAUUUCCUCCCACGAGCAUAUCGAGGUCUUCCUGUGGUGGACUCGGGCUUGACUUACAACGAGCGCCAAGGGCUCGAGGGGGGGGUUGACCUGGAUAUUCUCGACAAACCUGGACGGAAACUUCUUUUCUGGGCUUUCCUAAGACACGAGUUGAUGAGCAAGGUUCGUCUUUACGUCGCGGUUAUUGGUCGUAGCUAUAGGCCUCCAGCCUAA